AUGGCCUCAAUAACACCAACCAGUGAGCCGGCGAUACAUGGCGAUGAGACAGGUUUGCAGAAGAAUGAAAAGAGGCAGUCUGCGCUUUUGCUGCAUGGUCCUCGAGAACGAUAUACUUUAGUCAACAACCAUCCAAUUCCAGCCUUGGACGACGCUACAGAGAUUCUCGUGCAGACAGAGGUGAUUGGGCUCAACCCCAUCGACUGGAAAUCGCCACCUGGUGAGAGGGUCAUUGUAAUUUCUACCGACUACAGAGACGCGAGAAAAGCAGCUUACCAAGAAUUCGUCGUCGCACCCAGCUACAACGUGGUCAAGCUGCCCCGACAGCUGUCUUCCGAUCAAGGCGCCGCCCUCGGCGUCGCCUUUGUGACGUCGGCUCUGGCCUUGGGAAGCUGCUUUGGCCUCAGUUUCAGCGACGUCAUGGGCGGCCCGGAUCUCAAGUCGGUGAUUGAAAGCGUGGGCGAGGAUCGGAUACCGCAAGACGUUCGAUACGAGGCGCUGCGCUCCAUUCAGGAUCACGAGCGGGCGCUCGAGGGGGACUGGGUUGCCAUCUGGGGAGGAUCCGCGACAUCGGCAUACUUGUCCAUUCAGCUCGCGCGCCUCGCCGGCUUAAAAGUAGCCGUCAUUGUCGACCAAGCGCGCCACGGACACUGGCUCUCAACCGACAGCCACGCCCGUCCUGACCUCCUCAUCGACAACAGCAACCCAGACCGGGCCGUCGAAGUGCUAACCGCCACCAUUGGCGACGUUUUGCAUUUCGGCAUCGACACCAACGGAAAAGAAAGCGCCUCCUACCUCGUCAAAGCCUUGCAGCGACGACGAAGCAGCAGCAGCAGCAGCAGCAAAAAAUCGCCAUAUCACUCUCCAUCGCCGCCUCCAACACCACCGAUACCAGCAGCACGCACCGAGCGACGAGCGCAUUUAAUCGGGCUCGCGGGGUUGCCAAAGAUGGAACACGACGACGACGACGACAAGGACCUGCAGAUGCACUCUGUACCGCUGAAGCUGUUUCACGAGGUGCCAGAGGUUGGCAGGGUGCUGAGCGAGUGGAUGGAGGUUCUGCUGCAGAGUGGCAAGCUGCGCGCGCCGCGGAUACUGGGAAAUCAUGUUGGGCUGGCGGGCGUGAAUGGUGCGCUGGACCGCAUGAGGAAUGGGGAGAUUCGCGGGGGCAAGCUGGUUGUGACUGUCUAA